GUCAAACAUCUAAGUUAUCCCAGAAAUCUUUGGAAAGUAAUACUUCUCGUAUAAUCUCUGAUUAUGAAGAUGAAAUUCCAAAACAACAAGUUCCUAAAAUUGAUCUAAUGACACCAGAACUUGCUGCGGCUUUGGAUAGAGCUAAUGUGAGUAGUAGGUCGGCGACUUACAUUUUUGCUGCUUUAUUAUCUAGCCUAAAUAUUGAUUGUGCAAGCGUAAACUUCAGUCAUUUGACUAUUCACCGAGCACGGGAAAAAUUUCGCAAAGAAGCGACGUUAAAUCUGAAAACUAAUUUGGAAACUGAUAAUUAUGUGCUACAUUUUGAUGGAAAACUGUUGUCAGAUAUUACAGGUAUAGAACAAGUUGACCGGCUUCCUAUUAUUUUAUCAUCAUCAGGUAAAUUUCAACUGUUAGGAGUCCCCAAACUAGAAUCUGGAACUGGACAAAAUCAAGCUUCAGCUAUUAUUACAACAGUAAAACAAUGGAAUAUUAAUACUGAUAACAUCAAAGCAUUGUGUUCUGAUACUACAGCGUCAAAUACGCUGUAGUAUUUUGGAAGUUAUAACACCAAUCAAAGAUGAAAUUUUGAAAUUCGUUAAUAAUCAAAUAGAAAUGGAUCAUUGUCGUGACGAUUACCGUGAACUCCUGCAAUUAUCAUCGAUAUUUUUGAGUGCUACUACCACAAAUAUUACAUUUAAGCGUCCUGGAGCCGUCCAUCAUGCAAGGUGGAUGGCUAAAGCAAUAUAUAGUUUAAAAAUUUUUUUAUUUAGAAAUGAAUUUCAUCUUACUAAAUCAGAAAUAGCUGGAUUACGAGAACUUAGUUUAUUUAUCAUAAUAUUCUAUUUAAAAGCUUGGUAUACUGCGCCGUGCGCUAUAGCAGCACCUAAUAAUGAUUUAACUUUAAUUAAAGAAUUAAUUUCAUAUAAAAAAUUUAAUAAUACUAUUUCACGGGCAUGCUCAGAAAAAUUAGCCGAUCACUUGUGGUAUUUAAAUAACGAGUUGUCUGUUUUAUCUCUCUUUGACGAAACUGUUUCAGUUGAAACAAAAAGAAGAAUAGUUCAUGCUUUAAAAAACUGUGAAACCAAUGAAACUACAACGAGUCGUUUUAUAAUCGAUAAGAAAAAUUUAGAGUCAUUAUUAAAUAAAGAUCUUAGUCAAUUUGUAUCUAUGAGAUCGAUAAAUCUGUUUAAAUCGUUUGAUUUGUCGUAUGAUUUCAUUGAUGAGGAUGUAACUUUGUGGCCUCAGAAUCUAAAUUACAAAAGAAACUUGGAGUAUUUUGAGAAACUUCGAGUUGUAAAUGAUGUAGCAGAACGCGGCGUGGCAUUGAUAGAGCAGUAUAAUCGAUGCUUAACGAAAAAUGAAGAACAGCUUCAGUAUUUAUUGCAAGUAGUGACAGAACACAGAAAACGAUAUCCUAAUUGCAAUAAAAAUAAUUUUAUAAAACUGUAAUAUUUUCAAGUUAG